CUGUUUGCUGUUGCAACAGACACAAAUGUCAGGAACGUGGAAGGACAUUUCUAGAAUUUAUCAUGAAUAGAUUUUUAUUAAAGACGGCAAAGGCGACACUGAAUUACCCAGUGUCUGUGUAUGAGUCGUGUUUGUUGAUAUCAAAAUGUGAGAAGGCCGCUGCUCCAGCUUUCAGGGUUUCAAAUGGAGGUGGAUUCAAAGCACUCAGCACCAGUUCAUACAGGCACUGUGAAAAGACAAGUGAUGUUACGUCCUCUCAUCAAGAAGAGAAAACAAAUGCAGCUAAAGAGGUUGAGCCAACAGAAACUCCAGCCUCAUUCACACAGAAAGCUGAAGAUGAAAGCACAGUCAUAAAGUCAGUGGAACAUAAUGAAGAGCCGGUGGUGUUAAAGACAGAUGAUGUUGGUUCAAAGCAGCAGCAGACGGAGGUUAAAGCCGAAGAGGUCAGGGAAACACUAAAACAAGUUGAGCCAACUGAAGUUAAGAGCAGUAAAGAGAGUCUCCUGGACCUACUUGGAGCGAUGAAAGUGGAAGUGACUAGUAAGAGGAAGCUUAAAAGCUUGAAAACGGUAAAACUGAGCGCUGAACCCACUCCCAAGGUAAUGCCAGCAGCCAUGGAGAGCACCAUCAGUAUGUUCCAGAAGGCUAAAGGGGAGGCUGCCUCACAGAGUGAGACUCUGCAUCCUGAACUAGUAUCAGCUGCGUCGGCUGUUGCCUCUACUCUACCAGACAGCAGCAAAGUCGAAUCAGAGCUGCUCAAACAACUGAGGCAGAAUGAGGCUGUCACUGAAGCUCAGAAGAAAGGGGAUGUGAACAACCUCGGUGUGAUUAUUGCUGAUAUGAAAGUAGGAAAGCGUAACAGCAGACACAAAGCUUGGCCGUCUCAUCAGAUCCGAUUUGACGAUGAUGGGAAAGGAUACAAAACAGAAGGAGGAAUCACUGCUGAACUGGAUGGUGUUUGGAAACGGAAGAGUGUGUUUUCGGGGAAGAGGUUGAACUUUUUCUCUCCAGCCACCAAUGAAGAUGCAGUUGAGACUACAGUUGCACGGCCAUCUCUUUGGGAUUUGGACUCUGCUAACCAGUUGUCCCAGUCAACCAACCAGUUACCUCGCAAUGGGCUUGAGGAGAUGAUCCAGUGGACCAAAGAGGGGAAAAUGUGGCAGUAUCCGAUCAACAAUGAAGCUGGCCUUGAAGAGGAAACUGUGGUCUCGUUCCAUGAGCACGUCUUCUUAGAGCGUCACUUGGAGGAGGGUUUCCCUCGUCAGGGACCAGUGCGUCAUUUCAUGGAGUUGGUGGUGGCCGGUCUGUCCAGAAACCCGUACCUGACAGUCCAACAGAAGGAGGAGCACAUUUCCUGGUUCAGGGACUACUUCCACCAAAAAGAGGAGAUCCUCAAAGAGGCUGAUGUUUACCUUCAUGAAGCUUCAGACAGUUAAAUAUGUUUCCAGCCUCUUUUUAAUGUGGACAGAUAAAUACAACAUCCCAUGAGUCAGUGAGCCUUUGUGACAAUGAUCAUCUUUAGCCUUACAAGUUAAAAGACUGGGGGAGGUAGAAUCACAUGGACUAGAGUCAAGUCUGUCAAAUCUAGAGGGUAAUGUAGAGCAUUUUUGUCUCUAAUAUCAACAACCAGACUAUGAAGCACUGUUAAAUCUUAUGAACAUAGGCUUAAAACGAGCUUAAAUAAAGUUAAAAAACAGAAAAAAGCAAAA